AUGACAGCAAACGGUACGAAGAGCGAUGUCGCACGCAAGUUUGACCCCAACUUCACGAGCAAUGUUAUCAAAGCAACCGGCCCAAAAUGUUCGCCUCGUUUACGUCAAGUAAUGGGCAGCUUAAUACAACAUCUGCACGAUUUUGCCCGUGAAAAUGAGAUCACGGUAGACGAAUGGAUGGCAGCUGUGAACUUUAUCAAUGAAGCUGGGCAAAUGUCGACAAACGUGCGCAACGAGGGGCAGCUUUUGUGUGACAUUCUUGGUCUAGAAUCUCUCGUGGACGAGAUCACGUACAAGCUAGCCUCAGAUGCCAAAGACCAGCCCACUGCGACCGCAAUUCUUGGACCUUUUUGGAGAAAAGACGCGCCAAUACGAAGAAUGGGCGAUUCGAUCGUCAUCAAGGAGAUGUCAAAUGGCGACAGGACGUGGAUGCACGGAACUGUAACGGACUUCAAAACCGGUGAGCCAAUUGAAGGCGCCGAGCUUGAUGUCUGGCACACUGCUCCAAAUGGGCUAUAUGAGCAGCAGGAUCCUGACCAACCGGAUUUCAAUCUUCGAGGACGUUUCACCACAGGUCCAGACGGCAAAUAUAACUUCUAUUGCCUUAGGCCGGUGCCCUAUCCCGUCCCCUACGACGGUCCGGCUGGUCGACUGCUGAAGCUGCUGGAUAGACAUCCGAUGAGGCCUGCGCAUAUUCAUUUCAUACUAAAUGCGCCCGGAUACAGGCCAAUCGUCACACAAAUCUUUGAUCGAAAGGAUCCCUACUGCACGAACGACAGUGUCUUCGCGGUGAAAGAUGAUCUGAUCGUCGACUUUUUACCGCUAAAAGGAGAUCCAAAUGCGGAUUUCGAAUUGCCCUACGAUUUCCGCAUGGCAAAGUACGAAGAUGAAGAUACUCACUCUGCGAAAAUUUGA